AUGUACACGGUAUCGCGAGUGACGCCAUACGAGUGGAACUUGAACUUCUCGUGUUGCACGGCUCAUCAGCCUCAUCCUGGUGCCGCCUUUGUGAAUUCACCUGUGGAACUUUCCAAUAACUACAGCUUUUGGAACACAUUAUGGUACGUGACAAGCACCAUGCUGAAGGGAGGAUGCGAUUUUGGUCCCCGAGCCGUGUCAACCAGACUUCUGGGAGGAACAUGGUGGGUGUUCACGCUAGUGAUCAUCAGCGCUUACACUGCGAAUCUUGCUGCGGUCCUCACGGUCUCGCGACCAUUCAUUCCGAUAAAGAACCUCGAUGAUCUAGCCAACCAGACGGCAAUUUCUUACGGAACCAUCAAAGGAGGCAGUACCAUGCAAUUUUUCCAGGCAAUUCUGAGGACUGAUGAUGAUGUACGCUGUUUCCAGGAGUCUAAGAUAAGUUCGCAUGCCAAGAUGUGGGAGUACAUGAAAAAUCGUGAUGUGUUUGUCAAGGAUAACAGGGAAGGAGUUGAAAGAGUUGUGAGGAAUAACUUUGCCUAUUUGAUGGAGUCAACAUCGCUUGAAUUCGAAGUUUCACAAAACUGCAACCUCACUCAAAUCGGUGGUGUGCUGGGCUCCAAAGGAUACGGAAUAGCUUUGCAAAAAAAAUCUGAAUGGACGGACCGGAUAUCUCGUCAGAUUCUUCUUUAUCAGAAGCGAGGCAUUAUCGAAAUGAAGAAGUCGAAAUGGUGGAGAAGCAAAGGAGCCACAUGCACUGGGACAAGUUCAGCCGUUAAACAACAGAGAUUCUCCCUAAGUCUACAUAAUGUCGCAGGACUUUUCAUUAUACUUGGAGCAGGGCUCCUUUUCGGCAUCUUGACAGUUAUAGUGGAGCUGUUUAUCAGGUGCAGGCAGAUGGCGAAAAAGGAAAAUAUCUCCAUCUGGACAGAACUCAUCAGCGAACUCCGUUUCGCACUCAAUCUCAAUAUUAUUGAGGAUCACCGUUCGAGAAAGAAGAGUGGGAAGUUGAAUGGCGUCCCUUCAAACGAUCUCUCACAACAAAAGGAGCUUACUUUUGCGGCAAAUUAA